GAGAUCAUACUCUGUUUGCAGAUCAAUUGACAAAGUAGUCGAAGUUUUAUCCACAUCUUUGAACACCAUCAAAUUUCCUUCUGAAGAUGCAGAUAUUUUGAAAACAAAACACAAUUUUUAUCCAAUGGCGGGGUUUCCAAACGUGGUCGGUGCAAUUGACGGCACGCUUAUACCUAUAACAGCGCCAAAAUCUGACGAGCACCUGUACAUAUGUAGGAAAGGAUUUCAUUCCAUAAACGUACAAGCUAUUGUUGAUUCUGACCUGAAGUUUCUGAGUGUAGUGAGCAAAUGGCCCGGAGCAACACACAAUGCCUUUAUCUGGGCAAAUUCUGGUAUUGCACGCAAGUUCGAAAGGAGCGAAAUUGACGGGUGGUUACUUGGAGACUCCGGUUAUCCUUUGAGGCCUUCGCUUUUAACUCCAGUGAAUAACCCUAAAUCGAAAGGGGAACAAAAUUACAAUGGAUCUCAUAGAAAACCCCGUGUUGUUGUAGAACGGGCUUUCGGUGUUCUGAAGUCCCGAUUCAAAUGUCUUCAUAAAACCGGAGGUGCUCUAAAUAAUGAACCAAAACGUUGUUGGAAUUGCGAUUUGUACUAUAUGUAA